AUGGAAAAGCGACCGAUAAUUUUUUUAGACGUGGAUGGCGUUUUAAACCGAACGGCAACGGCACCUCAACUCAUCGUGGAGAGAGAUAAAGUCGAGAUUUUGAACGAGAUAUGCGCGUCAACGGGGGCGGAAGUCGUUUUGACGACGUACUGGAGACACUUUGAAGAGUACAUUGGAUAUAUUUUUAUGCGACACGACUGUUUGGAAAUAGAGGUGGUUGGAAGGACGGAGGGAAAGCCUCACUUGGCGGAUUCCGUGCAUCACGAUUUACACGUGUCUACGAAUAGAAUUCAGGAAAUUAAGAGUUAUUUAGACGCGAGAUUUGUCGGGGAGGAGAAGUAUCCCAAGUUUGUCAUCGUGGACGAUAAGGAAGUGGUGAGUAAAGGACACGCGUGGGCGAACAGGUUCGUGAAAACGAAAUCUGAAAUCGGUUUGACAAACGAACGCGCGCAACGGAUGAUUGAAUCUUUGGAGCGGGUUUGA